GGUUGAUGUUCAUUCAUAAACAACACAACACCAACGGUGUGGAAAAGGAAAAUAAAAAGAAUUAAAAAGCCCUUUGGGCUGUAUUUUCAUCAUGUCACGAUCAUCGAAGACUUCUUUGCAUCAUGGAUACAGUUUGUUAGAAGUCAAAUCCAAGCUUGAUGCAGAAUUCAGAAGAUUUUCAGUUGACAAGUCAAAACAACGCAAAUUUGAAGAUUUAUAUACAAAAGUAGAAAAGCUGCACCGCUUGAAGAAUGACCCAUUUGUAAUUACAUAUUCAGACAAAGAUGGCGAUCUGCUACCAAUAAACAAUGAUGACAAUUAUAACCUUGCACUUCAAACAGCCAAACAUAUUCUACGUAUUAUGGUGCAACGUAAAGAGGAAUGUGCAUUUGAAGUGAAUGGGUAUGGCACGCUUCAAAAGAAGAAAAAUGCAAUAAGUAAAAUGUUGAGCAGUGAAACACCUCCAAAGCCUCGUAUCAAAAUUAGUAUGCCAGAAGAUUUUAGACGAGUAUCUGCCAUAAUAGAUGUUGACAUAGUACCAGAAACACAUCGUCGUGUCAAACUGAUGAAAAAUGGUUCAGAUAAACCAUUAGGAUUUUAUAUUCGUGAUGGAACAAGUGUUCGAGUAACUCCACAAGGUUUAGAGAAAGUGCCAGCCAUUUUUAUUUCACGUUUAGUCCCAGGAGGUUUAGCUGAGAGCACUGGACUGCUAGCGGUUAAUGAUGAAGUAUUGGAAGUGAACGGCAUAGAUGUAGCCGGAAAAACUUUGGACCAAGUUACAGACAUGAUGGUAGCUAAUAGUUCUAACCUAAUAAUAACUGUGAAACCGGUAAAUCAGAGACUGACUCUUGCCACCGCUCAACGUGGUGGUGUUGGGCGACAUUCCCAAAUGUCCAACAUGUCCCAGAGCUCCCAACAUUCUUCCCAGAAAUCUUAUGAAAGUGACAUUAUAAAUGAACAUGAAGAAGAUGAUGAUGAGGUUCAAGAUCUGCUGCCAAACAGUGAUGAAAAGUCAGAAAAAGAUAAAAAUAGUGCUGUAGUAACGUUAUAGUUUGGUUGUGACAUCCAUUUUGAUGCAUUGUCAUGAAAAAAAGUGCAUUUACUGUAUAUUUGUUAUUCUAAUAUUUCACUUUGAAUAUUUUCCUAACAAUUUGUGUACGUAGACUUUUGAGACAUUUUGUACUUGUACACUAAAACCUAUAUGCUUUCACUUGAAUAAAUAUGAUAAGUCAGUUCCUUAAAUUUGAUAAAAAAAACACUUUGUUUAAGCAACAUUCUUUAAAAAAAUAAACUGCUACAAAUCCUUUGAAGAUGAUUUAUUUUUGGUUUCCUCAUGCAAAAGGGUAAUUAGUCAUUUCUUGUCCAUUUACAUUUGUAAUAAAAGAUAUCAAUUUAUUGAAUGUAUAACUUUAUUAAUUUGUUAAUUAUAAUGUGUAAUACUCGACUUGCUCCCUCCACAGGUUUUCCAAUCUUAAACCUGAAACUGAAUUCCUGAAAUGGUUCCAUUUGGAAGGAAAUAAUGUUUGUUAGUAUAGUAAAACUAGGAGCCUUCUUAUUAAGUUUGUAAGUCUUCCACCAUAUAAAACUAACAGUGAUUUUGUUAACACUGGUGUUUAAUAAUGAAAGUUUGGCUGUGUUUCAUAAAUUGCACCUUUCAUAGCAUAUUUUAAGUUCCCAGGGAGUACGGAUGUGUGUAUAAGGGUGGAUUGUUUCAGAUUAAAUAUCCAAUUUAUGUGUGCAAUUGGUUAUUAAUAUGUGUACAAUUGAAUAUUUAUGUGUACAAUUGAAUAUUUAUGUGUACAAAUGAAUAUUUAUGUAUACAAUUGAAUAUUUAUGUGUACAAAUGCAAGUGCAAUGAUUAUUUUUAAUUGGAUCAGGACUGGUACCUGUACUUGAACGAACAGUCCGCCCUGUAUAAGAUAUACUUGAACAAACACUCCACCCUGUACAAGAUA